CUUUUCUCUCGAUGACCGCUUCGGCGAGGAAUCUGCUGCAGAGUCUUCUACUCAGGCUCUUGAGCGCGAAGAGGCGUCUGACAGUCGUCACCCAGACUCUGGCGACGAAGAACAGCCAGAGGACGAGCAGGACGAUGCACUGGGCGAAGGCAUGGACCCCUCUGGCUUUGCUGGGCCAAAGGUUAUCAAGCCAUUGACUCCAGAAGCCCUCGCCGCCUUUCAAGCCGCUCAGAACAAAGCCGGUGUCAUUUAUAUCUCUCGUAUACCUCCAGGCAUGCGGCCAAUGAAGGUCAGGCAUCUCAUGAGCCAGUAUGGCGAUGUCGGACGAGUAUAUCUACAGCAAGAGGAUGCUAAACGUGCCUACUUGCGCAAGAAGUAUACCUCCACGAAGAAGGCCCAUUACACUGAAGGCUGGGUCGAAUUCAAGGACAAAAAAGUGGCGCGUUCUAUCGCUGAGAUGUUGAACGCACAACCCAUCGGGGGGAAGAAGGGGACACGAUGGAGAGACGAUGUGUGGACAAUGAAGUAUCUUCCGAAGUUUAAGUGGAACAUGCUCACGGAGCAAGUCGCCCACGAAGCUGCAGUUCAUACCGCUCGUCUACGCGUUGAAAUCUCUCAGUCAAGGUCCGAACAACAGGAAUACUUGAAGAACGUCGAGCUCGCUCGCGUGCUGGACAAGCGCGCGGAGAGAAAGCGGCAGGCUGGAAAGGACCCAGUUUUGAAGAGACCCGAGUCGAAGAAAAGGUCGGCAGAGGAGGAUGUAGGACAAGGUGAUAAGGAGAGGCGGUCGAAAUCGAGGAGGAAGGAGACAGAGCCGCGCACUGAGGGUAAUCAUCCUGACAAGCAGCUACAGGGUGUGCUGGGCAGCAUAUUCUAGGUUGUGGUGGCGUUUACUGCGCCGGUGGAUAUGAUGUUUUGACUAUUCUAGCAGGUUUAUUGCAAUGCAUCAUUCUGGACAAGGUACCCGUCCU